AUGCUGGUGGUCUCGGCAACAUACAGCAUCCUUUAUGGAGUUGUGGAAUUUGUCACGCAACAUGUAAGACAUCACCCUUUUUUUAUUCGUAAAAAUUUUUAUUUUUGUCAUAAGUAAAUUUCAGGAGUUGGUUAUGAAAGAUGGAGUGUUAUUUUGUAUACCGAAAGGUCUCGAAAAGUACCUCAGUCGAAAUUUGUACGGAGUGUUUUUAUUCCCCCACGUCUGUUUAAGUUGCCUUGGACUUUACAUUUUACCAUGCAAUUACCAAUACGAAUAUGCUUUGCUGUCGGAGUAAGUGAAAGAUUUUUGAAGGUAAAAUACGGACAUUUAAGUUUAUCGAUUAAAAAGUUCUUGCUCUCUAGUUUCUUCGCCAGUUUGGAAAAAAAAUAUUUAUUGUAGAAACAUUACUCUCUAUGGUAAAUUUUUAUGUUUCGCCACAAAAGUAACUUGUUGUUAGAAAAAAUUUAUCCAACAAGGGAAGUGCCCCAAGUGCGACGCUCAGGUUUUUUUAAAUUUUGCACACACGUCGGUCAUGAACUAAGUAUCAAUUCCUGAAAGUUUUAGCUCGCGCUUUGCAAGCGCCGCUGAGAUAUUGAACGAUCUUUGCCGCCGAGAGAGUACGCAAAACGCGGAGAGCGGUCAGAAAAAAGAACACUUUUUGGACAUAGCUUUGUUAGUUUCGUGCGAAAAAAUUGAUUUUUUGUGGAAACAUUACCUUCUAUAGUAGAAAUAGGCACGAAACUUUUCCUGCCGAAAUUCGGCAAAGAGUGUCAAAUUUUCGCCGACUUUCGAUCUAAAAAUCUCGGUUGUUUCUGCAAAGCGCGAGCUAGGAUUCUCGCAUAUAUCUUAGAAAAAAUAAUUCUAAAUUUGUGCCAAGUUUCGUCAAAAUCUGAGCGUCGCACUUGGGGUACUUCCCCUGUAAAUCAGUGCAAAGUUUCAUCAAAAUCUGAGCGUCACGCUUGGAGUGCUUCUCCUGUGAGAAAAAUCUUCCAAAAUGUCAAGAAAGCCCGCUUACUGUAUGUAUGCAUAGAUAACACCUAGAAGUUCCAAGUUUUUAGUGUGUUCUUGUAUGCACCUUAAGAAUUGUAUUGCUACUCAUUGUAUUACUGCUGCAAUUGUAAGUCUUUUUAUAUCCAUUUCAGUCCCACCUCGGUGUCCAGAGCCACAUUAAUCCGGAAUAUUGCAAUCGCCUCGGUCGGGUCUAUGUUUGCCGGAGUUCUUUCGUUAUUCGCGGCAAGAACGGCCAGAGCUCGGCCAGUGGAAUAUUACAAAGACCUGCUCUCCGAUGAUUGGAUGACUGAAGGGGACUCAACUUACAUGAUUACGAUGGAUGCGGUAAGUGCUAGAAAUACGUUUACUUCAUAAAUAGUUGUUCACAAUGUGUGUUUCGCUAUUUCAGCGUGAUCUAUCGACAAAGUUAUAUUUUGGUUUGGCUGGUGCAUUAUCAUCGGGUUUCGUUUUGGCCGCUAUGUAUUACGUUUUCAAAAUUCGAACUUUUCUUCAUCAGAAUCAGAAGAAAAGCAACAAAACAAAGAGAUUGGAGGACCAAUUUACGAGAGUUGUUAUUAUUCAGGUAAGUAACGAGGAAGUGAGCAUACUACAUAUAAAGAACUCAUAAAUCCUUACUAUUAUUAUUUAUAUUUAUAAAAAAUAACUGGCUAUUAUUUCUGCUUUUAUUGCACGUUCACCUGCAAAUACUUGAGCAAAACUGCAGUGACGUAGUUGAAAAAUUACUUCCUAUAGUAAUGAAAAGUCGACCUCUGCGAAAAUAUCAAUCUGUCGGGAAAAUAAUGUGGUUUUAUUAAGCCUGGGAAUCCCAUCAUUGCUUUGAAACCUCUAGCCGCUGCUGGAGAUUUGGUGUGCGACUGCGACGAUACAUUUUUAUGCGACAAAUCCACAUUAUUUUCUCGACAUACUGAUACUAGUAAAAGUUCAAUUUCUGCAUACGUUUACACGCAGAUACCGCUGAAAAGGGAACUAGUUCGAACUCCUUGCGAUAGCCAAGGCCCUGAAAGUUCUCGGAAUUUUUGGCAGUAUUCAUCAAGCUUCUUUACACAAAAGCGCCAAAAAGCGGGGAGUCGGCCAUACGCAAUACUGUUUUUUGAGCAUAACUUUUCUGUUCCGGCAUGUAAAAUAAUAAAAAAAUUGUGGGAAGAUUAUAAACCAUAAUGGAAAAUUUCCCCAUCAACUGCUUUUUUUUGUUACAUCCAAACUGAUGAGGUCUCUGAAUACGUAUAUAAUACGUUCAGCACCUAUCAUCCUCACUUAAAAUAACAUUUCAGGGGUUCAACACUUUCUUCUUUGCCUUUAUUCCCCUGAGUGUUGUGAGUCUGGGAACCUUGACUCACAUUCGUCUGGAAAUAAUGGGCUUACUAGUAAUGAUCCCGCUCUCCUGGCUACCAGUGGCCAAUGGUUUGUACACACUGCUGGCGAUUCGAAAAUACCGAGAGUACUUUUUGAGGAUGCUGGGGAGGAAUAAAAUUGAAGAUGAGAAAAAAAUGGUGGCUACAGUGACAGGGAAUGCAAAGGGAAGUGAGGAAAAUGAGGAGGAAGAAGAGAUCGAGCAGUCACAUUCACAAUCAAACUGA